CGAAUGGGAUAUGAGAGAUGAGCUGUGAGAGAAGUCUCUAGAAGGGACACGUGUUGAAAAGUUAGUUGUGAGUAUGUUAGUUUACUAUAAAUAGUGGGAUAGCAGAUUGGAAUGGCAGUUUUUGGCUGAAUCUCUAAUUGGUUUCAUUAUUUUUCAAUAAACAUUCCUCUUCUUAGCUUCAAUGUCUCGUCUCGUCGUAACUUGCACACGAGCACUCAAAUUGAUUUUGUUGCAGGCAACUCUUCAAUAAAUUCAACGUGAUUGUGCCGAGCUUGUUUAGAAUUGGCGAUUGAUCAGAGGUUAUGGAGUUCUAGUGUGACAAUUGGUACUCAGAGCCACUCAAACCACGCAUGCCGCGAAAACCAUCGAAGAUGGAAAGCAGAAUUGAACGUGUAGAAGGUCAACUUGGAGAGAUGAAGGAGGAUUUAUCUUCAGUAAAAACUGAUAUUGCGUCGGUUAAGGGUGACCUAUCAGCUAUGAUGAAGUUGAUGAAAGAGCAAUUAGAGGAGAUGCGUAGAGAAUCCAAAGGGAAGCACACCAUGAAUGAUGACCGAAGGCAUGAGAGCGAGAUGUCAGGGCAUAGUAAAGGUAAAUCUCACUCUCAAAAUUCUGGUAGCUCUCAAUCGCGCAUGCCUAGGAUAGAUUUCCCCAAAUUUUUAGGCGAAAAUCCUAUGCAAUGGAUCAGACAGUGCAACAAAUAUUUUGUUAUCAACCCUUUGAGUGAUGUUGAUAAAAUUCUCACUGCUGCACUAUACAUGGAAGGAAAUGCUGAUUUGUGGUAUUUGGAGUAUGUAGAGGGACUAGAUGGUCUUACUUGGGAGGAAUUUAGUUGUCUAGUUGUGGAAAGGUUUACUAAUCUGGAAGAAAAGAACUUAGUGGCACAAUUUAAUAAACUAAAGCAGGACUCUGAUGUUAUGUCAUAUACUCUGAAAUUUGAGGAGCUUAAGGCAUUCAUGGUUGGAGAUAAUCGGGAGGAUUAUUUUGUGAAGAGUUAUUUGAGUGGUUUGAAGGAUGAGAUCUCAAACAUGGUGGAGAUGUUUAACCCAAGAACUUUAGGCCAAGCUAUCAAGUUGGCUAAGAGGCAGGAGUUACAACUGUUAUCCUUGGGAAGGGGACCAAAGCAAGUCAGUAAAGUACAGGAGAGUAAUUGGAAAAAACCUCAGGAAAGUAAUACACCUAAGGGAUCUACUGUAGUGGGUGUUUCUGAUCAUAAAACAUCUAACUUUAGAAAGCUGACUCCUGAGGAAAUAGAGAUUAGAAGGAAGAAGAAGUUAUGCUUCAACUGCGAUGAACCUUAUCAGAUAGGGCAUAAAUGCAAGAAGCUAUUCACCAUCAUUUGUGAAGAGAGUCAGGAAGAGGUGGAGUUAGUAUUACACGCAGUGGAAGAAGCUGAGGAUGAUUUCCAGAUUUCUGUCAAUGCAUUAGCUGGGCAACUAGCUCCAGACACCAUCAGGUUGCAAGGAAAAGUUGGUAGACACUCUAUCACCAUACUGAUUGACACAGGGAGUACUCACAGCUUUCUUGAUGAGAUGGCUGCAAGAAGAAUUGGAUGUGAAGUAGAAUACACUAAUCCUCUAUUAGUCACCGUAGCUGAUGGAGGAAGGAUUGAGUGUAACACUCGAUGUCCAAAACUCGAGUGGGAAAUGGGGGCUUGUCAGUUCAGUUCAGCCAUGAGAUUAUUGAGACUGGGAGGGUGUGAUAUGGUUGUGGGAGUGGAUUUGUUGCGACAACUUGGACCAAUUACCUUUAAUUUUGGUGAGCAGAACAUCAAAUUUACUAGGGAGGGCAAGGACAUAUUGCUGCAAGGAAUAAAACAGGAGAUGACGUUAAAGAUGAUAACUGGAAAAAAAUUCAAACGAGCUUUACGGAAGGGAAAGGGUUCUCUCUUUGGGUGCCUUUUCAUGAUUUCUGCUGAAAAGGUAAUACAAGAUAGUAAACCAGCUUUAGAAAUUCAACCCUUGAUAUCCAAAUACUUACCCAUAUUUGAAACACCAACCACUCUCCCACCAAACAGAAACCACGACCACAAAAUACCCCUAAAGCCAAACACUAUUCCCUUUAAACAGAACCCAUACAGAUACCCCUACUUGCAACGUAUGGAGAUAGAGAAAUUGGUCCAAGAAAUGCUCGACACUGGAAUCAUACAACCGAGUACAAGUUCUUUUUCUUCCCCAGUUUUGUUGGUAAAAAAAAAAGACGAAACUUGGCGGUUUUGUGUCGAUUACAGGAAGCUCAAUUCUUGCACUAUAAAGGAUAAUUUUCCCAUACCUUUGGUGGACGAUCUAUUGGAUGAGCUUGGAGGGGCUGCUGUAUUUUCUAAGGUGGAUUUGAGAGCUGGUUAUCAUCAGAUUCGAAUGUGUGCAGCAGACAUCCACAAGACAGCCUUUGUCACUUCUAGCGGAUUAUAUGAGUUCAAGGUUAUGCCUUUUGGGCUAACAAAUGCUCCAGCAACGUUUCAAUCUCUCAUGAACACGGUAUUCAGGCCUUUUUUGGGUAAAUUCGUACUUGUAUUUUUUGAUGAUAUACUCAUUUUCAGCAAGAGUAUGGCACAACAUUUACUUGACUUGGAGAAAGUCUUUCAAGUUAUGGCAGAACAACAGUUGUUUGCUAAGGCAUCCAAGUGCUCUUUUGGUACUUCACAUGUGGAGUAUUUGGGGCAUAUCAUUAGUGAUAAGGGGGUUGCUGCUGAUCCUCAGAAAAUUCAAGCAAUGGUGGAUUGGCCUAAACCAAAAAAUCUGAAAGCUUUAAGAGGAUUUCUGGGGCUUACCGGUUAUUACAGGAAAUUCGUGAGAAAUUAUGGCAGCAUAGCUCGUCCUCUUAAUGAUAUUACAAAGAAAGGUAACUUUAUAUGGAGGGAGAAGGCAGAAGAGGCAUUUCAUGCUUUAAAGAAAGCAAUGGUGACAGCUCCAGUGUUGGCACUACCAAAUUUUGAGUUACCAUUUGUGCUUGAAACAGAUGAUUGCUAUAAUGGGAUAGGUGCUGUUUUGAUGCAAGACCACCAUCCCAUAGCAUUCUUAAGUAAGUCUUUGGCUCCUAAAAACAGAGGCUUGUCUAUAUAUGAGAAAGAAUUCUUGGCCAUUAUACUUGCAACCGAGAAGUGGAGGUCAUAUUUGCUGCAUAAAUAG